AUGCCCAAAGCAUUCCUGCUGCUGUGUGUUGCCCUGGUGCUACUUGGGCCUAUACAUGGAGCCACCCUGAGAAAUAAAGAGAAAUGGAAGCCACUCAACAACCCCAGAAACGGAGAUCUUUUUUUCAGAACCCUUCAGGCAUAUUUCAAGGGAAGAGGUCUUGAUCUUGAAAGCUUUCCGAAUACUUUCACCAUGAGUGAGAACCCCAGACCUCUCUCUUUGCCAUCAGAACUUAUUGCUUCUGCGUUUGCUGAUUAUGAAAAGCAGAAAAAGCCCUUUCCCAGUUACCUCUGA